AUGCUGCGCAGGUCCAGGUUGUUUGAACAACCUUCACCAAGCGUACUUUUCUCACACUUAGCAGCCGAGCUGACGCGUGUCUGGCGCGAAUGGCAAGGACAGGAAUCAAGGAAUCGGUACGCAGAGAUGUAUCUCUUUCAGGACACCACAUCGACUUUGUUCAAUUCGGUGACCGAUUUUAACACUUCUGUCCCCAGCUCCGAUCGAUUAUGGCGAGCAACCUCUGCUGAGCAGUGGGCGCAAGAAAUCAGACAACUUGAUGGCGGAACGAUAUCCUUCCCGCCUUCACUGAACGAGCAUGUCAAACGCUUCCGAGUGAUCAACGUGGACAAAGACUUCGACACCUUUACUCCCAUUACGCUACGCUUACUAUUGUACCAUCUCCAGAAGGUCGUGGCUCAGUCUGGCAAGGCAUCGAUGUAUAGACCACGAGUCCCCAGCCAUGGGCGCCACCUUGUGGUGCUGUAUCACUUGAUCUCGCUCAAUACUCUGACCAACUUCCCCGACGUCGAACGCUUUGCUCGCAACGACGACAACAUCCAGACUCACGAGUCUCCUUGCUGGGUGCGUUCUCACCAUUUCGAAGAUCGUCAUCGUAUCUUCUUUCACUGCGGACAAGUCCUACAUACGAGCAUGGAAUUUGGCGAGUCUACACGCGUGGUGCUUGACGACAUGGCACCGGAUCAUACGCUGAUAGAAGCAUAUCUCGAGAGACACGAAGGCUUUCCCGUGUUCACGCAACUCCAAGGCGGAUAUCUAUCGCUGGAUGUUCCCGACCAGAUCCUUACACACCAUGCCAGUGUCCUAGGCACUGAUCCCCAGCUCAGUUUCGUCAAGGGGGUCCAAUUGAAGUUGCUCAAGCUCGCAGCGCGUUGGCAGCAAUCGACCCCCAAAAGAACAUAG